GAGCAUCUAUUUCUAGAACGCACACGGCCGCGCUGUGAUUGUCUGACGGAUCCGUCAGUCACGGUGUCCUUGCCGCCCACUUCCGCCCCGUUUGAGAAGCAAUACACUCUUCGUUUGUUGAUUUCACUUGAGCAUUAAUUUGACCUGAAUUCACAGGUGUGUCGGCUGUCUGUGAUGCUUGGGGCUGCAGGGACAGGCCAAUGGUGGAAAUAUGACUGUUGAGUAACACACAGUUACUUUCUCCGCUCAGUAUGAACAGUGAGGAAGAGUUUUACGACGCUGAGACGGGGCUGGAGUCAGAUGAUUCCUGUGAGGUCAGUUUUAAAGAUGCGCUAGUGUUUGACAGUAAGCGGGUGACUGACGGCAGCAAUCAGGAGAAUGGAGUGUGGGAGCGCAGGAAAACCCUGCCUGCCGAAAUGAUCUCCAGACACAAUUUCAGUGUGUGGAGUAUACUGAAGAAAUGCAUUGGCAUGGAGCUGUCCAAAAUAGCGAUGCCGGUUGUGUUUAACGAGCCACUGAGCUUUCUCCAGAGAAUCUCUGAGUACAUGGAGCACACUAACCUCAUCCACAAGGCCUGCAGUUUGUCUGACUCAAUAGACCGAAUGCAGGUUGUUGCUGCGUUUGCUGUUUCAGCUGUAGCAUCUCAAUGGGAAAGGACUGGAAAGCCAUUUAAUCCUUUACUGGGGGAGACUUAUGAACUCACAAGAGAGGACGAGGGAUACAGGUUGAUCUCGGAGCAGGUGAGCCACCACCCCCCCAUCAGCGCCUUCCAUGCCCAGUCUCUGAAACAAGAGUUUGAAUUUCACGGCUCAAUUUACCCAAAACUCAAGUUCUGGGGCAAAAGUGUGGAGGCUGAGCCCAAAGGCAUCAUGACACUGGAGCUACUAAAACAUAAAGAAGUGUACACAUGGACAAACCCAAUGUGUUGUGUGCAUAACAUCAUACUGGGAAAACUCUGGAUUGAGCAAUAUGGAACGGUGGAGAUAGUCAACCACAGGACUGGAGAUAAGUGUGUGUUGAACUUCAAACCGUGUGGUAUGUUUGGGAAAGAGCUGCACAAAGUCGAGGGUCAUAUCCAAGACAAAAGUAAGAAGAAGCGCAGAGUGAUCUAUGGAAAGUGGACAGAGUGCAUGUACAGCAUGGACCCCAAGGUUUACGAAGCAUACAAGAAGUCAGACAAGAAGACGGGGGGAGACUCAAAAAAGCUGAAACCGGGACAUAGUUGUGAAGCAGAGGAGUCAGAUGAGAUGCCAGAAGUUCAAGAGACUGUGACUGUGAUACCAGGAAGUGCCUUACUGUGGAGGAUAUUGCCGCGGCCUGCUGAUUCAGCACAGAUGUAUAACUUCACCAGCUUUGCCAUGACACUAAACGAACUGGAGCCCGGCAUGGAGAGACUACUUGCACCAACCGACUGCCGGCUACGGCCCGACAUCAGAGCCAUGGAGAACGGAGACAUGGACUCAUCAAGUACAGAGAAAGAGCGGUUAGAGGAGAAACAAAGGGCCUCACGCAGGGAACGCUCUGUGGAUGAGGAGGAGUGGUCCACCAGUUGGUUUCAGCUGGGAACAAACCCUCAUACUGGAGCUGAGGAUUGGCUGUACACGGGCGGAUAUUUUGACAGGAAUUACACGGACUGUCCCAGCAUUUAUUGACCCAGGAGGAGGUGUUCAGUUUGAAGAUCUCCUCACCGCUCUGAUAGGAUUCACUUUAUUUCUCUACAUCAAUCGUUUGUGUCUUUGUGAUGUCCAGACACUCACAGGUACUGUGUCUUUGUUUGAGUCCAUAAAAAGCUGAUAUCAAAAUGUUAUCGGACAGUUUAUCAGAUUGGUACUGACUGUGGACUUUGUCAUAUUAAGAAUUUUAGUUUUUUUUAGAAUGUACUUAAUGUAAAUGUUGACAUCUUUAUAUGCCCUAAUCAAGACAAUAAUAGUCCACAUAUAUGUUACUGGGUUUUUAAACCAUGUGUGCGUGUGUGCUGAUCAUGCUGCUGCUGCAGGACACACACUCUGACUUCUAGAGGAUAUAUUCUCAGUUUUAGUUCAGGUAGCCAACCGUAAUCUUACCUGUAGACAUACCACACACUUGUCCUGUUGCAUUCAAAUAUCAGGGGUUAUUUAAACAACAUCUGCUACUUAAAAAAAAAAAUUAGAUAACCUAUUUGAAUAUUAGAUGUGCAUUUUAGUUACCUGUGAACAUCCAUGAAAUGUCACAAGUGUGAUACAUCUUCCGUGAAUAGACUUACAGUAGAGAUGAAAGCUGCUUAUAACCACGUUUACCGUCACAGUAAACAUAUUGUUGGUACAUUAUAUUGUCCACUGUAACAUAGAUAAUGUGUAUGAUAAUUGGUGCAUGCAUGUUCGCCAAGAUUAUUUACACAAUGUUAAAGCCAUAAAAACGUUUUUCUGCACUAAGUCUAAUACUGUAAAUGGAUUCACAUAAAACGUUAAAGCAACGGAUACAGAGGAUUUCGGUUUACAGCAGAAGGUUUUCAAAGUGGGACACUAUAAGAAACAUGUCAAAAGUUCAUGUUAAUGUAUUUUUAAACGCUUAUUAAUAUUAUUUGUUUUAAGACAAACUAACUAAACAAGACAUAUUGUUGCCCUGGAGUCACUUGGGUAGAUGGCUGUUGUUUAUUUUAGUAAGUUUUGCACCAUUAAAAGUUUACCAAAUUAGCUAUUAGCAUUUCCUGUUUGAAAUGUACAAACAACUAUCACUGGAUCUCUUUGAUACUGAAGAAAAUUUUUUUUUUUUUUAAACAUGAUGAUUCUCAGGCAAGUCCUGGAGUUAUAAAUAGUCUUUGAUUUCAAUUAUUUCUAACAGGAUUUUAAAACGUUUAUUUAUAUAUUAAUAAUGAUAUUCCUGGGAAGUGCAAGUCAAGCCGAAUCUAAAAAUGUGUUACAUAUUUUGUGAGUUGCGACUGAUGUCUCUCCUUCGGCGGUGCCUUGUCGAGGAACAGCUCGAAAACCUCUUGUAUUAAGAGAAAGCUGUGUCAUUUUAUUAUAUAUUUAUUAUAAUAAUUGCUAUUUAUCUUCACACAUGGACAAGUAACUGACUGUUUUUAGAGUUCCCAUUUUAAAAUAUUUUCCCCUCAGUGAAAGCUGUGUUUUUGGAGAAAGGAAAAACCAAACCAGGACCCUGUAGCCAUCAUAAAUCUAUGCAAAAAAAAAAAAAAUCCAUCCAGUCUGCCCUCCUGAAAUGUGAACAAUUAAACACUUACUCCUCUUUAACGUGUAGCCAAUAUGCGCUUCAGAGGCAGCAGUUAAUGAAUGUUGUGUGCUGUUGAUAAUGCUUACAUACGUCCAUACAGCAGUUGUUGGACGGUAUAUAGAUGCUCCUUUGUGUUUCAAGGCACUAACAUUGCAUAAGCUGCACAUUUGAACGCUCAGUCCAAUGCACAUGUUGUACAGUGAAUAUAUAUUCUACAUCAUGUCUUCCCCCAGCUUGUCAUCUUUCCUCUGAAUUCAAAGCACUUUGUGAGGCCCACAGACACCCAAAGGUGCAGGUUCGCUCCAAUGGUUCUUCUGAUCUCACUCCUUUUGCCUUCUUGUGCCAUCUAGCGUCUAUUUGAAAAUGUUUACAUUGUAUGUUCAUUCCCUCCCAUACUGUUAUCCACAGACAACCAUAUGCAUACAUGGCAUAUUUGAGAAAUAAAUGAUGGACUAUUA